AUGAAUAACCCUAAGCCCAAGCAAACGCGGUCUGGGAAGCAAGCGGCAUCUCACGAGGAGGAGGAAGUCUGCGAGACAGGUCACCUAACAAUGCAACAGCUGAUCAUAGAACUAGACAAACAACGUCAAUAUCUUAAAGAUGAUUUGUCCACUAUGAUCAAUGACUCUAUCAGACCAGUGCAGUUGUCUGUGGACUCACUGAAGGAACAAGUGCAGGACUUCACUGUCAGAUUGACCCAUACAGAAGCACUUGCGGGUGAAAACUUCGAAAAACUCACCCAAGCUGAAGGAACCAUUAAAUCCUUGGAAGCACGGAAUAAAAUCCUCUUUGAGCGCGUCGAUGACUUGGAGAAUAGAUCGCGCAGAUCAAAUCUGCAAAUCAUUAACAUCCCGGAAGGAAGCGAACGCGGACGCGACCCGGUGGAAUUCAUGUCCGAGCUGCUGAAAGAAUGCAUGGGGCCAGACGUCUUCCCGCGGCCCCCGGUUCUGGGAGAGAGCCCACCGUACACCGGGUGGAUCUCGCUCCGAGCACCAGCCGUCACCUCCGAGGACCUUUAUGGUGUGUUUCCACUACUUCCAGGAGAAGGAGAAGGCUCUGCGCUGGGCUCGGGAGCAUGA